GCACCGGCGGCCAUCUUGGCUUCCCGGGGAAAGGCGGCGCGAGGGGAAGAAGUUGUAGGGUGGGGGCAGGAGUGAGGAGGAGGGAAGUGAGAGGGGGAGGAGGCCGUGGCGGGGCAGGGCGGGGACUGCCUGCCUGCCUGGGUUGCGGAAGUGCUAGCCGCUGACCCAGCCUGCUGCUCUCUUGCUACUGCUUCGGAUUCCCGGCUACCCCCCGGACGGUGAGGGCGGCCCGGCAGUGGAUGGUCAGAUAGCCUCUAUCUCCUGCCGCUAAUCUCUGGCCCCUACCAGCACGGAGCAGACAGUGGCAGCAGCAGCAGCAGGAGAGGAGGAAGAUGGCGGGACGGCUGCCGGCCUGUGUGGUGGACUGUGGCACGGGGUAUACAAAACUAGGAUAUGCUGGAAAUACAGAACCACAGUUUAUUAUCCCUUCCUGUAUUGCCAUAAAGGAGUCAGCAAAAGUAGGUGAUCAAGCGCAACGGAGGGUGAUGAAAGGUGUUGAUGACCUAGACUUCUUCAUUGGUGACGAAGCAAUAGAAAAACCUACAUAUGCAACAAAGUGGCCAAUCCGCCAUGGUAUAGUUGAAGAUUGGGACUUGAUGGAAAGGUUUAUGGAGCAAGUGAUUUUUAAAUAUUUAAGGGCUGAACCAGAAGAUCAUUAUUUUCUUUUGACUGAACCUCCACUGAAUACUCCAGAAAACAGGGAAUAUACUGCUGAAAUAAUGUUUGAGUCCUUCAAUGUUCCAGGCUUGUACAUUGCUGUACAGGUCUAGGCUGAAGGGUAUGUGAUUGGCAGCUGUAUUAAACACAUUCCAAUUGCAGGACGAGAUAUAACAUAUUUUAUUCAGCAACUGCUGAGAGAUCGAGAAGUAGGAAUCCCUCCAGAACAAUCCCUGGAAACUGCUAAGGCAGUAAAGGAGCGCUAUAGUUAUGUCUGCCCAGAUUUAGUAAAAGAAUUUAACAAGUAUGACACAGAUGGGUCUAAGUGGAUUAAACAGUAUACUGGAAUCAAUGCUAUCUCAAAGAAAGAAUUUUCCAUUGAUGUUGGUUAUGAGAGAUUUUUGGGACCUGAAAUCUUUUUUCAUCCAGAGUUUGCCAAUCCAGAUUUUACGCAGCCUAUCUCAGAAGUAGUAGAUGAAGUAAUUCAGAAUUGUCCUAUUGAUGUCAGGCGUCCUCUUUACAAGAAUAUUGUCCUCUCUGGAGGUUCGACCAUGUUCAGGGACUUCGGACGUCGCUUGCAAAGAGAUUUGAAAAGAACUGUAGAUGCCAGGCUGAAAUUAAGUGAGGAAUUGAGUGGUGGUAGAUUGAAGCCAAAACCUAUUGAUGUACAAGUCAUUACACAUCACAUGCAGCGAUACGCAGUCUGGUUUGGAGGAUCAAUGCUGGCUUCCACGCCUGAGUUCUACCAAGUAUGCCACACCAAAAAGGAUUAUGAAGAAAUUGGACCUAGCAUUUGUCGUCACAAUCCAGUGUUUGGAGUCAUGUCGUAAAAUUGACUUCAUAGUUAUUGGGGUUAGGGAGGAGGGGAAGAGAUGAUCUUUCUGAUUACCUGUUUUGUCUGGAUGGCUGGUUUUGAGGUUUUAAACCUUACUUGAAAUAGUAAGACCAAACAUUAUUAUACAGGAAUAUUUUAAUAAGCGUAUCAACAUGAGAUGUAGAAGAGAGCAAAAAUGAUUAAGUGUUUUUCUUUAGAUUGAAUAUUUGAAUCUUACGUGUAACAAAAAGAAGUGGGUUUUAGUUCUUUCUGUGCCCUGAUAUUUUGUAUAUUAAUGAAUUAUCCAAGAUUUGAUGGGAUUUAUCAGUGUGUAGAUAGCUCUAUAAUGCUUGAAUUGUAUACUUCUAAGUGUGCAAUGCAAGAGCUUGUUUAUAUUUCAUACUUUUUAUACUUUGAGGAAAAAAAGUCAAAGAAAAACUUAGUAUUUGAGGGAGAAAAAAAUGACCAAGCAAAGGAUAAAUUAAAAAAAUGGCCUCAUGAGACUUGGC